CGCGUCAACAGACGAGGAAAGUCAACAAACAGUGACGAACGCCUUGCAAAACGAAAACAGCGCAUCGAAAGUCUGAACUUGUUAAUUUUUAUUAUUUGAUUUUAGUGUUUAAUUUAUGCGUCGAUAGGGGAAAAAGUUAUUAAAAUUAAUGUCACAAAAGUAACGAGCACUUGCAUCAAUUAGCCAUGGACGAUGACUACGAUAUCUACGGUGAUUUGGAAGGAUUCGAGGUCGAAACACGGAAGGAAACCCAAAUUGUGAAGGAGCUUAAUGCGGAAAUCGAAGAGCUGAAAGCCAAAAUUGCGGAGAAAGAGACGGAGAAGGAAGUGAUUACCAAACAGAAUGGGAUUUUGCUGGAGAACAUUUCGUCACUGCUGCUUACAGCAAAGGCGGAAAUCAAGCGCAAGGAUUCUCUGAUUGCAGACAUCAGACGGCAGAGGGAUGAUAAUGCGUUCCGGCGAAAUCCGCGAUCCGUUCGGAAGCACGAUAAAGGGACCCAGACGACGUUAAUCCGUAUGUUGAAUCAAUCAGCACAGACGGAAAGCGUUGGAACUAUGACGGAGAAAAAGGUGGAUCGAGACCGCGGUCGCGAUCGAAAUAGAAGGCGAUCGCGAAGUACAUCCAGAGACGGUCGCAGAGAAAGUGAAAAUUCACGAAACAGAGACAGAAUAGCCCACAAUGAUCUACGCGAUAUGAUUAGGAAAAAGCACAAGCUUAAGGAGGCAUUAAUGAUCGAAAACCGUCGCGAAAGAAGAGCUAUGCAGCUUAAGAUUCGAGAAAAGGAUCGCGAAAGAGACCAAAGAGCAAGGCAUCGUGAGAAUCGGUCUCCGGAUCUGUCCCCAGUGGAAUUCCCUUGCUUAAGGCGAAAGUCGAUGGAAGAAGUGGCUAAGGCAGAUUCGGUAGCGGAGACAAAACUGAAGGAGACGUUCAUUCCGAUGAACAAGAGAGAGUUGGAUCGGUAUGUAAAGGAAAUGGCUCGCACCGAUAAGCGAUCUCCGGAUGCGAAUACGCUUCAAGCAGUUAGUAAUUCUGAUUUAUGGGAUAGACAGCUGGCGAAGAAACCUCAAAGAACGCGAAGUCGAGAAAAUUGCGUUAUUAAGGAUAAGCAUAGUGUAUCGAAUGACCAUGCCACAACGACUGAUGAAGCAGCUAGUAAUUCUGAUCUGUGGGUUGCUCCCUCGGAGGGGAAAACCUCGCAGAAGAAAAAACGAACGAGUAAGCUGGCCCUGGAGGAUCAUAUCAUACAAUCGGACGAGAUCGGAACAACCGGGGUGGGAGCAAGUUUGUCCCCCGAAAAAAUGGAAGAUGUAGAACAAAAGAUGCGUGCUUUGCACGGGGAGUCAACACCAUCGGCCAAUCACGAGCCGGAAUGUAUGCAAACGUCUACCGAGCUGAUAGAAGGGUUGAACAGGAGCUCCGGUGCGUUGGAUACUUCUCAGCCACCAGCUCUGGUGAUUCCUCCGCAGGAACCGCCAAUAAUCGAGCUUGUUCCGGAACUGUCUUUCGAGGACGAUCUACGUUUGAAUGAUAGUCGCGAGUUGCGUAUCGUUGAAUCCGAAGAUACGGCACCGGAUCAAGAGGACGAACGCAAUUCUUCCGCGGAGACUGUGAUUGCCAAGCAACCAUUAGAGAACGAGGAGAAAGAUCUGGAGGAAGGCGAGCUUCUUUCAUCGGAUGAGUCCCAGCCGGCGCAGGGCGAUUUGAAAAGAUCUCAACCUGCCGUUCCCGAUAGAGUUAAAACGACGACCAGCAGAUCAAAACUACAAACUACAACUCAAAAGACACCAAAGCGUCGCGAUAGUAAAGCACAAAUUUUGCUCGAUAGGCUAUCCAAUUCCUUUAUCCGAGGCCAAGUGCAAAGCAGCCAUCAUCGAUCAGAGGACAGCAAAAGCUCAAAGCACGAAACGAAAGCCAAUUCCACAUCUGAUCGCCAUAUAGAAUAUUUUGAAACGUCCACUCCAAAUCGGACAACACGACGCAAAUCGCAGAGGCUCAACAGUACUCACGAGGUGAAGGAACAAUCAAAGUCAAGCCAAUCGAAGACGAUUCAUCCGGUGAGUGCAGAUCCUGUUGACGAGAAGGCGCAUGGCAAGACGAGAAAGGAGUCCCUGAAGGAUCUUUUUGGCACGGACGAUGAAAACUCGUUGUUUGGGUCGCCGGAUAAGGUUUCGGCGAAGCGUCGUCAUUCUGCAACGAGGGACAAAUCUGAUGAUCGUAAGAAACAGAAAGUGGAUUCGGCCGCUCACGAGGAAAGGGCUUUCAAGGAUAAUGUUAGUACUAAACGACGAUCCAAGUCGAAAACGCGUGACAAAGUCGGUGUGCCUGCGGAAGGUUUUCCCAAGAAAGAAAAGAGCAAUUCUGAAUUGAAUGUACCGAUUGUAGUGGAUUCUUCCUCGGAAGAAGCUCCCAUGCCUUCCGUACAGCUUGUUCAACCUAUUCACAAGAAAGCAGCAAAGAAAACGCGUACAGAAAAAUGUCAAACUUCUGAACUGGAAGCAACCGUAAAAACGAUACCUGAAGUGAAUGAUAAAGCCCCAAGAGCUACAUCAAAGAGAUCUUCGAAAGAAAUAAUAAUAGAUCUGUCUGCAGAAGAAGAACUCCCGAAGAAUACUACAAUUCAGAAACUCGUUGCUGAAAGUAUUAAUGCAGAAAACUCGCCGGUGCCAGGUUUGACCGAUAAAUCGAAACAUUUCCCUACGGAUCAACGUGUUUGUGGAGAUCAGUCUUCCUUGCAGAACCCAACACCGAUGGAUGUUUCUUCGUCCAGUGUUCGACUGCAACCUGACGAAUCAAAUGCGCUACUUGAAGAAUCGUUUACAGACGUUCACGUCAUAGAAAAUAUAAAAUCAACUCUGUCCAACGAAUCAUCCCAGGAAAUUCAGCCAGACAAAAAGCUUGUUGAAAGCCACCAACCCACAAAAGAAACACCAGAAAUUUAUGAAGAAUCGUCUAGAGCACAAUUGCAAACAGUCGAACAAGAACAAGAUGAAUCCCAACGUUCAUUGAUUACCUCGAGGAGAGCUGAGACUGGUGUAACAGAAGUCCAAGAGUUACAAGAAGGGUUGCCAUUUGAUUAUUCGAACCAACGAUCUGACACGCAGAUCAUCAAAGAACGACCUGCUCUGAGUCCUCAGCUGCAGGCAGCUCCAAUAUCGUCCACGGAACGGCAUCAACAUGACCAACAAAAUGUUCUAUCUGAGGGCUCACAAGAGAUUGAAACUUUUGUCGCGGCAAAGGUUGCAGCAGAAGGUCCAGAAGAUUUGUCAAGCAAAUCUUCCCAAAUCGAUCGCCAAGAGCCGAAAGCUUCCAAAGAUCAACGAAUCGUGGACGUGCCUUCGUACGAAUCAGAACGUAGCAGCACAGUCACUGAAUGUACGGAUGUUCCCGCUUGUCCACCAAAUGAAUUGGAGCACGCGUCUCAAACAAGUUUACCAGAAACCCCUCAGGCUGUUCCAUCUCCAGAAAAGGUCACGCCAAGUGAUCCAUCCGAGUCUCAACAGCGCCAAACCCCGCAAGUUAUCGUCUAUUCCAACAAAUAUGGCGAAUAUCGAAUCGAGGACAAUAACGAAUCUGAAAUUACCAUCUACGUGACCCGCAAGAAGAGGCGAAGCCGAAAAUCGUUACCAGCAAGUACGGAGGUUAGCAGUUCAAGCAUUGUGGUGGAAUGAACAUUCGCUUUGUAUGUAUUUCGUUUUGUUUUGUAUUUUCGUUUAAAAAUAUAUACAUUAAAUCUAAUAUUAAACUCGAA